CAACAAUUUGAUUUCCGACCAAUUAACCACACCAUUGGAACUGCCGGGACAGAAUUCAGCGCUGAUCUCGGUGGCAUGUUCCCCUAUGAACAAUUUACAGUCGUUAUGCUCUGUUACAAUCGGACCUCCAUAGCUCUCUUAUCUCUGGAGGCCCUCACAAAUCUCCCCUAUCUCCACUCCGUGAUCGUCAUUUGGAACGGCCCGGAGCCGCCACCGGCUUAUCUACGCUGGCCGAAACUACAUGUUCCUAUCCUCGUUGUCAAGGGUGGGAAGAACAGCUUGAACAAUCGAUUCCUGCCGUAUAAUGUCAUCAAAACCGACGCCCUCCUCAUGCUGGAUGAUGACGUUUGGCUUCGCCAUGACGAAAUUAUUCUUGCCUUCAGGGUCUGGCGCGAGAAUCGUGAUCGCAUCGUGGGCUUCCCGGCUCGCGGCCACUUUUGGUCACACAGCGCACAGGAGUGGUACUACAACAGCGACUACUCCUGCGAAUACUCCAUGAUUCUGACGGGUGCGGCCUUCAUACACAGGUUGGCCAAGCAUCACUCCACUUGUUGCUUGAUCAUCUGA